GGGAGGAGAAGAGAGGAGGACCUGAGAAGUGAGCGAAGGGAGCAGACGCAGAGGGAGGUUUUUUUCCAGAGACCAGACCGUGACUGUGUGCGAGAGUGUGUGAAUAGAGUGUGCCGUGUGUGAGAGAGAGGAGUGAGCGAGUGUGUGUGAGUAGGAGAGAGCGAGUGAGCGAGUGAACGCGAGGAGAGCGUGGCUUGGGUGGGGUUGCCGUGGCCGUGGCCGACGCUGGAAUGGAUGCAAUCCUGCAGGAGAAACUGGCUGAGAAACUCCUCUGCCCUCGGGCACGCAGCAGACAGAAGGACCGGCAGUAUGUGGGCUUCGCCACGCUACCCAACCAGGUCCACAGGAAGUCCGUCAAGAAGGGUUUUGACUUCACACUCAUGGUGGCCGGUGAGUCUGGCCUUGGGAAGUCCACUCUAGUCAACAGCCUGUUCCUCACAGACCUCUACAAGGACCGGAAGCUGCUCAACGCUGAGGAGCGCAUCGCCCAGACAGUGGAGAUCACCAAACACACAGUGGACAUCGAGGAGAAAGGUGUUAAGCUGAAACUCACCAUUGUGGACACGCCCGGCUUUGGAGACGCCGUCAACAACAAUGAAUGCUGGAAGCCCAUCACGGACUACAUUGACCAGCAGUUUGAGCAGUACUUCAGAGAUGAGAGCGGUUUGAACAGGAAGAACAUCCUGGAUAACCGUGUGCACUGCUGCCUCUACUUCAUACCGCCAUUUGGACACGGGUUGAGGCCGAUGGAUGUGGAGUUCAUGAAGGCCCUGCAUGAGAAGGUGAACAUCAUCCCCUUGGUGGCCAAGGCAGACUGCCUCACGCCCAACGAGAUCAAGAAACUCAAGGACAGGGUACGAGAUGAGAUCGAGAAGUUUGGGAUCAAAGUCUACUCGUUCCCAGAGUGUGACUCGGAUGAAGACGAAGAGUUUAAACAGCUGGACAAGGAGCUAAAGGAGUGUACACCAUUUGCAGUGAUCGGCAGUAAUACAGUGGUGGAGGCGCGAGGUCAGAGAGUACGAGGCCGAGUCUACCCCUGGGGGAUUGUAGAAGUGGAGAACCAGUCCCACUGUGACUUUGUGAAGCUGCGGAGCAUGCUGAUUCGCUCCCACAUGCACGACCUGAAGGAUGUCACCUGUGACGUCCACUACGAGAACUACAGAGCCCAGUGCAUACAGGACAUGACCAGUAAACUAACUCAGGACAACCGUGUGGACAGCCCCAUCCCCAUCCUGCCGAUCCCCACCCCGGAUGCCGAGACGGAGAAGCUCAUCAAGAUGAAAGAUGAGGAGCUGAAGCGGAUGCAGGAGAUGCUGGAGAAAAUGCAGCAACAGAUACACGAGAAAGACCAGUGAUGACCACACACACACACACACACACACACACACACACACACACACACACACACACACACACACACACACACACACACACACACACACAUUCUGUUUACAGACAGGAGGCUGCAAGGUUCAUCUGUCCCACAAACAUACAACACUCAGAGAUAAUAAAAAAGGAAAACACGCAUGACGCACACAGAAAAAGAGCCAACACACACACACACACAUUAUUCUCUCUCAGACGUGCUGCACGCUCCUGUGUGGAAGACGUACGGUACUCAGUGCUUUAGAGCCAGGCCUGUAUAUGAUGAUCCAUGACAAUAAUGCUUCAGAUGCUUCAGAUGCUCCAGUGGCCUCUUUGGCCUCUCCUCCUCUUCUUCCUCCCUCCUCUUUCUCACUGCCUCUCCUUAACCCAGUCUCCCUACCCAAGCGAGCACACAUGCUCACACAAACACACAGACACAAAGAAUAUUCCUAA